AUGAAAGAUUUAGCUCGAUCUUGUAGCUACCUAGAUUAUCACAAAAUACCAUCGUCUCUUUCUAUCAUCGAGGUACACGAAGACGAGGUUUAUGAGGUUCCUGUGGGUGCAAAAGUGAUUGCAUCUUCAGACAAAACUAGGGUGGAAGUGUUUGCUAUUGCAGGUCACAUUCUUGGAAUUCAAGGUCAUCCUGAGUUAACCAAAAGAUAUAGUAAAGGAUUAGCAAAAGAUGCCAAAACCAGCUUUGAAUCUGCUCAACCAGACAAGGAGCGUUGGGGAAAGAUGUAUGCCAGCUGGUCUAGUCAGAACAACCAGAGCUCUUACACACUCCAGUAUGGACAUGGUGGUGGGACAUCAGACUCCUCCAUGCCAGAUAAGAUGCAUAUGGAUGCUGGUUUUAGGGAUAUGUGA